ACCAGCUCGCCACAGAAAAACAAUGGCGACUGCCGUGGAGAACAUCGUUAAAGUUCUUGGAGAGCAGUACUAUAAAGAUGCUUUGGAACAGUGUCACAGUUAUAAUGCCCGGCUGUGCGCAGAGAGAAGUAUCCUCAUGCCCUUCCUGGACUCCCAGACUGGAGUGGCUCAAAGCAACUGCUACAUCUGGAUGGAGAAGAGACACAGGAGUGCAGGUACUGCACCAGGACAACUGUACACAUAUCCAGCCCGCCGUUGGAGGAAGAAAAGAAGAGCUCAUCCACCAGAGGAUCCUGCUUUGGUUUUUUCUCCACUCAAAGCUGCUGAGCUCGAUUUGGGAGUGAAGAAAGAUGUCUUGGGCCCAUUAGAUGGUAGUAGUCUGGAAGCCUUACUGAAAGGAGAGACCCUGGAUAAAAGGGCGCCUACAGAGCUCAGGCCACCAGAGGAAGAAACCAGUCUGGGUGAGAUCACGGGAACCAGUGCGGCCAGCAGCCACAGUGGCUCCACACGUGUCAGAAAGAGAAUCCUUGAGCCAGAAGACUACUUGGAUGAUCUGGAUGAUGAAGAUUUUGAGGAAGAGACUCCAAAAAGACGAGGAAAAGGAAAGUCGAAGAGUCGAGGAGUUGGAAAUGGAAAGAAGAAAUUGGAAGCCGCUGCAGCUGCCCAAGAAGAUCGGGACAAACCAUAUUCUUGUGACAUCUGUGGAAAACGCUAUAAGAACAGACCAGGGUUGAGUUACCACUACACUCACUCUCACCUGGCUGAUGAGGAAGGAGAGGACAGUAAAGAAGAACCUGAGAUUCAUACACCUGCACCACGAGAAGAAACCAAGACCCCUAAGAAAGGACCAAAUGGCCUGGCAUUGCCCAAUGACUAUUGUGACUUCUGCCUGGGUGACUCUAACAUGAAUCAGAAAACAGGCCAGUCUGAGGAGCUAGUGUCCUGCUCUGAUUGUGGACGUUCAGGACAUCCAUCAUGCCUGCAGUUCACUGCCGUGAUGAUGGCAGCUGUGAAAACUUACCGCUGGCAGUGCAUUGAGUGCAAAUGCUGCAAUGUUUGUGGCACAUCUGAGAAUGAUGACCAGCUUCUGUUCUGUGAUGACUGUGACAGAGGAUACCACAUGUACUGCCUCAGCCCUCCCAUGUCUGACCCUCCAGAAGGAAGCUGGAGUUGUCACCUGUGUCUGGAUCUUCUGAAGGACAAGGCCUCCAUUUAUCAGAGCCAGAACAGUUCAAUGGAGUGACUGAGUUACUAUGAAGAGUGCAGCUUGAAGAGAACACACCAAAACACUUUUAGACUGUCGUGAGAUUUACAGCAUGGUUGAUUUGAUUGUUGGAGGUGGAGAGACAAAUAAAUCUUUUGCCCUAACAUAGCCACUGUUUUGGGUUUAUUAUGUCAUUGUGACUUUGCAUAUCUACACAUUACAAGUAGGGUCUUGAAUGAACGGAGCACACAGAGGUGAAAGUAUGAAAUUCAAAACACUUCAUGUAUUAUUUGCAGCAUUACCAUAUUCCUUAAUGAUGACUAUAUAUAUAUAUAUAUAUAUAUAUAUAUAUAUAUAUAUAUAUAUAUAUGCUCACUCAAGACACAUUUGUUUACAAAUGGCUUAAUCCAAGGAUGUUAUUGAUUUAAAUAUUAAUUUGUAUAAGGUGUGCAUUUCUGUUUAUCUUUUGUCGUAUAUAAUUAUUUCUUGUAAGUUGUGCUUUCAGGAAGUAAUUGUGCCAAGGUCCAGAUUCAAAAACCAGAAGAUGGUGCUGUUAUUCUUAUUGUUAUUCUGUUUUUGCUGCAUUUUCUGGAUUUACUCGUUUAUUUGUUUUACUCCCUCAAAAAACACUCUCACAAGGCGGGUUAUCUUUUGUAGUAGAAUUUUGUAUAUGAGAUAAUCAGUAUCUAUUAUUGUUGACUAACCACAUUGAAUUAUUGUGAGUACUGUAUUGUUUUUGGUAUUUCAUAUCGGUUUGUAUUUUGUAUUGAAUGUAAAUGCUGUAUUUUGCUGUAUUUUUUAUUUACAUUUUUCAUAUUGGCCUUUCCAUAAUAAACAUACAUGU